CCCCACCUUCCUCGCUCAGGCCGCGGUCCCGCAGCACCAGCUCGGCCCCGGCUCCGGGCGGGCCCCGCGGCACCCGCCGCUCCAUCGCUGCUUCCGGGGCGGGGCGGACCAAUGGACGGCGGCGGGAUCAAGAGGGAGACCGUGGACCGGCUGCUCCGCCUGCACUUCAGGGACUCCAGGACCCGAGUUAACGGCGACGCGCAACUGCUGAUGGCCGAGAUGCUGAAGGUCUUCGUGCGAGAGGCAGCAGCAAGGGCGGCGCGGCAGGCACAGGCGGAGGACCUGGAGAGAGUGGAUAUCGAGCAUGUCGAGAAGGUGCUACCACAGCUGCUCCUGGAUUUCUAGAAGCCCCUGAUGCACACAUUGACGGCCGCAGCAGGGAACAUCUGGUUUAUCCUCAGUCCUGCUCCAGGAAGGACAGUGUCAACUUUUUCUCUCCCUGCCAUUUUGCUCCUGUUUCCCCUCCCCUUCACCAAGUGUGACAAAGUCCCAGCAGCUCUGCUGUCAGAGGCUGCCUUUGAUGAGACCACCAUGCGCUUGUGGUGGUUUGCCCAGUGUGUGACUGGUUUCCACCUUCCCGUCCUUCCGCAGCAGCCUGCACCUCAUAGUGCUGUAAGAUGCUGUUGUUUCUCAGCUGAUGCGAGAAACAGGCACUGCUUCACAGAGGUGUAUGGAAAGACUGAGUAGCUGGGAAUGUCGUCCUCACUGCUGGCUCUCAUCACCUCGGCAGGCGGCUGCGGCAGGGGCCUUAGGUCCAGCUCCAAGCCCACCUCAUGAAUGGGUUGUUAACAGGAGUUUGGUCACAGGCUCUUGCCAAAAGCAGGUAACUGAUCUUUAUUUUAUAAAUAAACAGUGUCUGUCCCUCCCUACCUUCCAGUGUUUCUCUGGGACUGCGACAUCAAAGAACGCUUGGAACCUUUUAACCAUUUGAUAUUCUCAGAAGCCGCUCCCCCUCUGCUAUAAAUUUGUUCUCACAAAGAAACAUCAAUAAAUUAAAACCGAGUCUCCCUCCCUUUUGUAGGCUCUUUGCUGCAAUUAAUCAUCAAAAGUCAAGUUGCUUCAAAGACUUGCAAAGUUUCCCCCUCACCCACCCUCUCCUCUCAGGCUUUGUAGAAGGACAGAAUAACAAACAGCAUGUGUGAGAAUCCCACAUCACGGGAGAGCCUGGCCCCACAGCCGGCAGGGGGGCUGGGGCAGGCUGUGAAAUAAGAAACUGUACACAUGUAGGCAGGACCCACACAACUGAACCAGCUUUGUUGGGAAAUGGAUAGCCGUCUGCAGGAAGAGCAGCUGACACCAGCAUAUCUUAAGGACUACGCGCUCCCCGAUGCUGACUACCCCGAGCCUGUGAUGGGCAAUAGUGUGCAAUUCUUCCCCACAGACAGCUGGAGCGGGCGCAGGCUCAGUCAGGCACUCUGCUCUUUCAGCCAAGAGCUGCUCAGGUCUUCAUGUGGGACACUGGCUACUUGGAAGCUUUGGCUAACCCCACAAUUCAACAGACAUUCUUUCCAAUGACAGUACCAGCUUCAGUAGUGCCCCAUCCCUCUGCACUGCAGCAGCUUUGCCAAGACAACUGUUUGUGCAGCUGUACAACUGAACUGAUGAAGGGACUGACCUAGUUCAGCCUUCAGCCCCACAGCCAUAUGGUAAAAAAGGCAAUAGCAAAAAAAAAUGCAAGUGAUACUACCCUGGAAUGCCCAAAAACUCCAGGGAUGAAUUCAGCUACUACAGCAGCACUGAUAUUGAAACAGAUCUGGCUCCUCAGGUAUCGGCACAUAUUGUUCUGUGGCAGAGUAGGAAUCCUUGUAGCAACAACCUUAAUGAAGAGCCUGCAGUUUUAAGUAUUGGGCCAUCUUCUCCCUCUUAAAGAAUUAACUCCUACUUUCUUGCCUUUUCCAGAUUUCAAAUCCUCAUCUUUCCCUCCAUUCUGACACAGAUCAUACAGAUGUCUCAAAGUGGCUGCCCUAAAAAGGGUGGAGUUCACUUCCCUGACACAAGCAUUCUAGACUGAAGAGCACCGCUCAUGCAAAUGUUAGUAGUAAAGCGAUAUUUUAAUAGCAGCAACAGCUAAAACUAACUCCUCUUUGCAUAGGGAAACAAGAAUAAAACCUCUGGUCUAGCUGUUGGAGGCAACAAUUUUUCAUUCUCUUGAAAGAGAAGCAGAUUAAAUUGGGUUUGAUGCACGGUUGAGUUACACAAGGAACAAGCGUGGGCAGAACUGACUCGGGUAUAACGUGUGUACUUAGCAAUACAAAGUCUCCUGAUCCUCACCCCUGUACUUAACCCAUUAAAUUGCCCCAGUAAUAAUUAUAUUGCUGCUUGUGUCUCUACAUUCUUCCUUCUGUUCUCCCAAGUCAGGCACUUGCAGGUGACAGUUAUGGUGCUAGCUCUUUGUCAAAACUGGUGGCUGUUUAAUAUCUUUAUCAAUGAUAUUGACAGUGAGAUUAAGUACACCCUCAACAAGUUUGCAGAUGACACCAAGCUGAGUGGUGUAGUUGCCACAUGAGAAAGACGGGAUGUCAUCCAGAGGGACUUGGACAGACAGGAGAAGUCGGCCUGCGAGAACCUCAUGAGAUUCAACAAGGCCAAGUUUAAGAUUCUACACCUGCGUGGGGUCAAUCCCCAUUUUCAGUACACAACCGGAGACGAUGUGAAUGAGAGUAGCGCUGCAGGGAAGGACUUGGGGGUGCUGGUCGAUGAGAAGCUUGACAUGAGCCAGCAACAUGCACUCACAGCCCAGCAGGCCAACCGUGUCCUGGACUGCAUCAAAAGAAGCAUGGCCAGCAGGUCGAGGGAAGUGAUUUCGCCCCUCUAUUCCUCUCUUGUGAGACCUCAUCUGGAAUACUGUAUCCAGUUCUGGAAUCCUUAAUGUAAGAAGAAUAUAGAGCUGUUGAAACGGGUCCAGAGGAGGGCUACAAAGAUAAUCAGAGGGCAGGAGCACCUUCCAUACAAGGACAGGUUGAGAGAGUUGGGGUUGUUCAGCCUGGAGAAGGCUCAGAGGCGAUCUUAUACGGACCUUCCAGUUCCUGAAGGGGACCUACAGGAAAGCUGGAGAGGGGCUAUUCACAAAGGCUUGUGGUGAUGGGACAAGGGGGAACAGGUAUAAACUGGAGAGGGGCAGAUUUAGAUUAGACAUUAGGAAGAAUUUCUUCACCACGAGAGCGGUGAGACACCGGAACAGGUUGCCAAGGGAAGCUGUGGAUGCCCCAUCCCUGGAGGUGUUCAAGACCAGGUUGGAUGGUGCUUGGGCAGCCUGAUCCAGUGGGAGGUGUCCCUGCCCAUGGCAGGGGGGGUUGGAACUGGAUGAUCUUUAAGCUCCCUUCUAACCCAAACUAUUCUAUGAUUCUACAAUGAAAGUAGCUGAAAAAAUCAGGUUGGAAAAGACCUAUAAGAUCACCAAGUCCAACCGUUAACCCAACACCACUGUGCCUACUGAACUAUUUGAUGUUGCUUGUGCUCUUCAAAAACCAAGAUGAGCACAUCUGAAAGCACAGUGCAACUUCCUACCAGCCAGACUGCUUCUGUUUGUUCUAACCCUGUGAAUCAGAAACACCAGCACAAACACAUCAUCACCCAUCAUGAGCUACGGCUGUGAGUUGGCCCCAGAAAGAUCCUGCAUGAAUUCAGCAAAGAGCUUCAGCUCCCUCCGAAUUCUGUGAAAUGAAUAAGCCUAGCGACAUCUGAACCAAGAUGCAGACAGUCCUGUGGAGCAUAAGCUCAGCCCACGCUUGAUCCACUGAAGUAAUUAAAGUUACUGAAGUAACCUUAUUUUAACGUUCCUUGGUUUGCUUUAGUGUCUCUUAAAGCCUGUCAAGUGCCAGAAGGGCUCACUUUCCACAGGAAGGAUUUAGAGCAGCAGCUGUACAGGGCUCUUGCAUUCCCUGCUGCCAGUGGCCGCACACAUUCCCUGUUUAUGUUUCAGUGUCAUAUAAGGAAUCAAUCAACAUUUUUGGUAAAGCAUUCUGCUCCUUCCACUUUGAGUCUCCUUUUUCCUCUUCCACCUUUCUUUCAUGCCUCCCCCUCCCUUUGAGUUUCUUCAAAGCAUCUGGGAGCAUUUGGAAGUAAUUAGACCCGAAGGGAAAUGUUGGCCAGGCUGGGAGACAAUGACAAGUGCCAGGAACCCUGGGUGCCCUUUCUAGCCACUUUGAAGUUCAUUCAGAUGGUACAAAGCUCCGU